AUGUCAACGGCAGUACCUACACCGCCCGUAGAGGGCGCGAUCAACCCACAGGACGAGGAGUUCUACGCAUCAUGGGGUCUCUGUAUCCUCUGUGUGCUCCUCAUCGUCGCCCUUUGCUCGUCGUACUACCUCCAAGUUAAGAAGAUUCGGGCGGUACACGAGACGGUCGUGUCGAUCUUUGCGGGGAUGGUGGUGGGGCUCAUCAUCCGCUUGAGCCCAGGACAUUUGAUCAGGGAAAUGCUGAGCUUCAAACAUACCCUCUUCUUCAACCUCCUCCUACCCCCUAUCAUCCUCAACUCGGGCUACGAGCUCAAGCAAGAAAACUUCUUUCGGAACUUUGGCGUCAUCCUCACUUUUGCCUUCCUUGGCACCUUCAUUUCCGCCGUUGGUAUCGGAGUCCUAGUCUAUAUCUGGUCCUUCCUCGGCCUGGAAGGUCUCAAGUUCACCCUCCUCGAAUGCCUCAUCUUUGGCUCGACCCUCUCCGCCACAGACCCAGUCACCAUCCUCGCUAUUUUCAAUACGUACAAGGUCGACCCCAAGCUCUACUCGGUCAUCUUUGGUGAGAGUAUCUUGAACGAUGCUGUUUCCAUCGUCAUGUACGAGACGCUCUCCCAGUUCCACGGCGAAGACAUUUACGUCUCGUCCCUCUUCCACGGAGUCGGGAUCUUCCUCUUCUCCUUCUUUGGCUCCAUGCUCCUCGGCGUCCUGUUUGGACUCGGCUGCUCCCUCGGCCUCAAGCACAGCCACCUCGCCUCGUUCCCGCAUAUCGAGAGCUGUUUGGUUGCGCUUGUGGCGUAUACGAGCUACUUCUUUUCGAAUGGUCUGAGCAUGAGCGGGAUCGUCUCGCUGCUCUUCUGCGGUAUCACCCUUAAGCACUAUGCCUACCAUACCAUGUCGAAGCGAACGCAGCGGACGACCAAGUACAUGUUUGCCGUCCUUGCUCAGUUGUCGGAGAACUUCAUCUUCAUCUACCUCGGGUUGAACCUCUUCACGCAGGACGUGCAGGUGUUCAAGCCGCUCUUCAUCUUGGUCUCAGCUAUCGCCGUCAUGGCCUCCCGCUACGCCUGCGUCUUCCCCCUCUCUGAACUCAUCAAUUGGAUCUACCAUACCCGGGGCCAGCGACACGAGGAGCUUCCGCACUCAUACCAGAUGAUGCUCUUCUGGGCUGGUCUGCGCGGGGCCGUCGGUGUCGCCCUCGCCGCUGGAAUCACUGGCGACAAUGCCGAUGCUUUACGAACGACCAUCCUCGUCGUCGUCGUGCUCACGGUGAUCGUCUUUGGCGGGACUACUGCGCGGAUGUUGGAAGUUCUGGGGAUCAGGGUGGGAGUGGAGGAUGAGGAUGCGUCCUCGGACGAGGAAGAUACCUGGGCUGCGAGGAAAGGCGGCAACCUGGCCCUUACGUCUGGCGGGCGAAGAUAUUCUCAGCGAAGGGGAAUGUACGGGGACGACGGGGACGAGAUCGACCUUCACUCGCCGGACGAUCCCAGUCCAUACGGCCUCGACAUGCCCCGCUCGCUCGCUGGCAAAGGUCCCUCCGGGGCCGGUCCGUCCCGCAAGUCCCGGCCCAACGCUCAGCGAUUUGGCACCGCCGCAUCCCGCUCUGGGUUCAGCACCAACUCGUCCGAAUCAGAGGAGGAGCACCUCCCUUCGGCGACAUUCGGCUAUGACGAGGAGGACGAGACGGAGGCGGAUCCGUCCGCUUCGGAUCCGCUCACCGGCGCGGGCGGAGCGGGCAGUCCGGGCAAGGCGGGUAUGGUGUUUAGGGACGGACAGUGGUUUACCGCUCUGGAUGAGCGGUACCUCUUGCCCCUGUUUUCGAAUUCGGUGACGGCCAGAAGAGCGGCGACGAGAAAGACGGCCAAGAAGGCUAGUUUGUAUCCGAAUACAGGGACACCGGGGGCCGGUGGGGGAAGUGGGGCGGGGACGCCAAGAGGGGCGAGCUUUGAUUUAGGGCGGGGAGAGGAGGGAGGGUUUGAGGAGGAGGAGGAGAGUGAGAAUGGGAAGAAUAAGAUGGCGCGGACAUUUAGUGGAUCCGUUUCGGACUUCUUCUUCUCCAAGCCGGAAAUAUCACCUGGUGUGCUGUCGCCUCAGCCGGAAGAACGGAGGACGAGCAGAGAGAGAUUAUCGGCGGGUUCGGCGAGUAGUGUGGUAGGACCAAGUCGUGGGGCAGAAGGGAGAUGA